AUGAUUGCACUUUCUGUGGUUGGUGAUGGUCAUGGUUCUUCACCGGGUGGCUUUCAUCCAGAUCAUUCCGUAUCUUACAGUUUAGAUUCACUGGCGAGUAGUUUUAUAGGAAACGAAAUUAACGAAACGGACGAAAGUAAGAAAAUUAACAAAUAUGAACUCCCUUCCUAUUCAUCGAGUAUUCAUGAUAAUUCCUUUUCAAAAAUUGAAUCUUUUACGAAUAGAAUGAAAAAGAAUUUUCACAAGAAGAAGGCAAAAAAUCAAAUAGAUUUAAUCAAGUCAAUUGAAUCUUACGAAAAAGCUUUGGAAUUUUGUUUGAAAACGAAUGAUAAUGCGAGUGCUGCUGGAAAGUUACAUGUAUAUAUAGGAAAUUUGUAUAUGAAAAGAUAUUUAGAAAGGUUUCAGAAGGCAUCUCAGAGGAAGUGGAAUAAUUUGGAAGAUUUGGGUUUGAAUCGUCCUUUUAAAAAUGAAAGUCCUGAAAAGGAAUAUUGUGUGGAAGAGAUUAUUACAUUAAUUUCGGAUAGAUCUUUCAUUAUGAAUCAGUUUAUUUCAUAUGAGAAGGAUUUACUCUUAUUUUCAGAGACUCUUUCGAAUACGAUCACAUUAGAAAGAAAUGAGCUAGCUUACACAGCACUGCAUCACUAUUUAAAGGGCCUCUCCAAUUUUCCUUUGAAUAUCAAUUCAUACUUGGGAAUGGCUAAAUUAUUCUCCCUCUAUGGAAUGUAUUUCUAUUCGAUUCCUCUUUUUAAGAGAUGCAUUGACAUGGUGAGAGCUUGUCGAAAGAAGAAAAACCCAAAACUUUUCAAAUUCAUCACUGAAGAAUCAUAUACCAGUGCAAGUGAGGAGUUAGCUAAAUGCUAUCUCAAUAUUGGAAAUUACAAGAACAGUGUCUACCUCUUCAAGAAGGCACUAAGUAAGAAGGAAUUCAAAGAUAGUUCACUACUUGGUUAUCUUGCCAUUUCACUCUUUGAACUGAAUCCAACCAAGAAUAGAGCUGAAAGUUUACAUUGUCUCAAGUUGGCCAUUACCAACAGUCCAGAUUUAGGUUUCCCAUAUGCAUGUCUUGCAUUUAUUAAUUAUGAAAUUCCUGAGCAACCUAAAGAUGAUAUUCUCGAUCUUUUCAUUUCUUCCCUCGAAAAAUCAACCAAUGAUCCAAUUGUAAACCAUUACUAUUCCAAAUACCUGAUGAAUGAGAAGAGAUUUGACAAGGCAUUCAAUCUAUUAAGAGAUGCCUAUAUGAAUUCACCUCCAAACAUUGAACUUUACAUAUCCCUUUCCAAAUCUCUUGAGCUGAUAGGUCAGUCAUCAAGUUUCCUACAGGAAAAAAUCAAAUCCAUCCAAGUGCUCACUUGA